GGGUUUAACCUCACGCUUGUGCUCUCAAGUCUGAAGCAAAGCUCUGCAACUCGGAACGGUGGCCAAGCGCUCCAACACCCGCGACGUGGCAGCGCCUGCGCCGCACCCAUCCUGAGCCAGUCCCUGUAUUUAUCACGCUCGCUCAAUCCCCAGCCGCAGGGACGCGAUCGCCCCAGAACCAAACCGCCGGCCCCGAACCCGCAUCAGCAGCAGCAGCGCGAGCGAGAGAAUGAAGCAAAGCAUGGCGCGCCGGAGCAGCAGGUUGCUCGUCCUCGUCGCCGGCGCCGCCGCGCUGCUCGCCGUCGCCGCGGCGGUCGCGGUGCCGCCGACGUGCGAGCGCAUCGAGUGCCCGGCGUACGAGGUGGUGGACAGCGCCAAUGGGUUCGAGAUCCGGCGGUACACGGACGCCAUGUGGGUCUCCACCGCCGCCAUCGAGGACAUCUCCUUCGUCGCCGCCACGCGCACCGGCUUCCUCCAGCUGUUCAAGUACAUCCAGGGCAAGAACGCGUACAACGAGACGAUCGAGAUGACGGCGCCGGUGCUGACGGAGGUGUCGCCCAGCGACGGGCCCUUCUGCGCCUCCUCCUUCGUGGUCAGCUUCUACGUGCCGGCCAAGAACCAGGCGGACCCGCCGCCGGCCGAGGGCCUGCGCGUGCGGCGCUGGGCCGGGGCCAGGUUCGCCGCCGUGCGCCGGUUCGGGGGCUUCGUGGCGGACGCCGACGUCGGCGAGCAGGCCGCGCGGCUCGACGCCAGCCUGCAGGGGACAAGGUGGGCCGCCGCCGUCAACGAGGGCCAGGCGGCGUCCUACGUCGUGGCGCAGUACAACUCGCCGUUCGAGUUCAGUGGCAGGGUCAACGAGAUAUGGAUGCUCUUCGACGGCGCCAAGGUCGGCUCUCACGUCAACUAAUCCGCGCUUUGUAUAUGUAUCUACAAGAUAGUACAAGUGCUCCUGCUCGAUUCAAUAAUCUAUCUCUUUUCUUGAUGAGAGAAACAGGUAGUGUAAUAGUGUAUCUUGUCAGAUGCAGCAAAUGAAUAAUGUGAGCUAUAAAAGAUGCUCAAGUAAAUACACUGGUUUGGCCUUGUUUAGAUCCCAAAA